UGUUAUGCAACGAACGGAAGUUAAACUUGGAAGGGAAAAAAGUGCAGCCGUGACUGAAUAAGUUAUACACUCCCAAGAAAACAAGAACCAUGUCUGACAAAGUAAUCCUGCACUACUUCAAUGGCAGAGGGAGAAUGGAGUCAAUCCGCUGGCUUUUGGCAUUUGCAGGGGUGGAGUUUGAAGAGAGAUAUCUGUCCACCAGAGAGGACUAUGAAAAACUUCAGAGUGAUGGAUCACUCAUGUUUCAACAGGUUCCCAUGGUGGAAAUUGAUGGUAUGAAACUUGUUCAGACAAAAGCAAUCUUGCAAUACGUUGCAGAGAAGUACCAACUCCAUGGAAAAAAUCUCAAAGACCGCGCCAUGGUCAACAUGUACUGUGAGGGACUGAUGGAUCUCAUGGAGAUGAUCAUGAUCUUGCCCUUCAUCCCAAACCCAAAACCAAAAGUGGACAACAUUGAGAGUAAAGCAAAGGAGCGCUACCUACCGGUGUUUGAAAAGGCGCUGUCUGGAGCCAUUUACCUGGUCGGAGAUAAUGUAACCAUUGCAGACGUACAGCUUCUUGAAUGCACACUGAUGCUGGAGGAGAAAUUACCUGGAAUCCUGGCUGACUUUUCCAAUGUCAAGAGUUUUCAGGGCAGGAUGUUAAAUUGUAAAGCCGCCAAAGAGUUUCUGCAGCCAGGCAGCAACAGGAAGCCACAGCCAGAUGAAACUUAUGUGAAGACGGUUGUAGAAGUCCUCAAAUUGACUUUUUGACUUCCAUAAAGUUUUCCAAAACCUCUUCUACAUUCCUCAUGCAGGCUGAGUGAUUGCUCAUUACUUUCUUUGCAUACGGAUGUAGCUUGAGGUACAUGCUGCUAAUCUACACUUUGAUUAAUACGAUACUAUCCCCCACAAAGGAACAAUCAUAAGCUACGGCUUCAGUCUACACCUUUUUUGGUUUCCUUUAUUUAUAUAUCCCGCUUUACUGUGGUGCAUGUUUUGAUUGACUAAUGGACCAAAAUAAAACUAACUAACUAACUAAUCCGUCAACACUAAUUCAUAACAAUGUAUGGAUUUUGUUUUUAAUGUGAAGAAAUUAAUAAAGGUUUUGGGAACAUUAAA